AAUUGGCUUUUUUGCUGCCCUAUUUUCCACCCACUACUGUUUACCAGCCUCCCUCUCGCUCGGAUUCGCGCGCCGCCCUCUCGCUCGCACCCACGCGACGCGAUGCUGCGUCUGCGCUGCUCUUUUCGUUACUUUGCUCUCCCGUUUUCGCCCGCCUUGCCGCCGUACCGCCUGCCGUUAACCGUUAUCCUCUCGUCCUGCCUCGCGGCUGUUACGUCCUCUGCUGCUCAACAGUUUCCUGCCAACGUCCCGUUACGACACACCGUUACGUUGUUCCAAUCAGAACCACGGGAUAGCGACAGGAGCGACGGAUCGGUCCUUAAAUUGGUUUUAAUGCAACCACCUGCCACCGUUAAUCCAGGGAUACUCGGUUAACGGUCCCCCGCAGGUCCUUCGCCGCCAUCGCUCGGGCUUAACCCAUAUUCCGCUGUUUGUUUUAGUGCUACUUCAUUUUUUUCGCGAGUGUCUUCUUGGGUUAUAUAAGUGCGGAUUUGCUGGGAAACCCAGGAAAAAGUUAGAAAAUCAACGCGAUAUUCCCCGCCAAUAAAAACAGAUAGCGGCACUGCGAUGGCGUCUACUACUAAUGCACCGUUAUCACCUGCAAUUAAGCACUAACAAAAGCACCAAACCACAAUAAGACCCAGCUAAGCUAAGCCACAACUUAAAACACGGCAACAAGGGGUUAAGAUGUUAUUUAGCCACCCAGCAAAGUAUGCUACGAAAAAUGUCCAGUGAGUUGCUAGUUACUUGAAUGCAACACCAGGUGGCGCCGCAGAAAGUAAAAGCAGAGCCAACAUUUGGACGAACGGAAACGGAAGUGAUAUAGAGCACACCUAGGCCCCCACACAGGCACACACACUAACCCACACACAGCACCCACACGCACACGCAUAGAACUUUGUAAUAAGUCGAAAUAAUAAUAAAACGCAAUCAUGGCCAACACAGCUCAGUUAUUGCGCCGCCAAAGCUCCCGGGACAUAGUGCUCAAAAGCCAGAAGAGCAUCGAUCAGUUGGAAUUAAGGGAACUACGCGGUCGCCUGGUGACGAAGGAGCAUGGCGUCAGCCACCACCACCACACAUCGCUGCACCACCACCAGCCGCUGUAUGGGGCCACCAACCAGGGCUUCAUGUCCGACGCCUUCGACGAGUCCUCGGAACUGGAGCAGGACCCGCCGCCCUUCGGAUCGGAGGCGAGCACCUCCAAGGCCAAGGCCGAGCUGGUGGCCAAUGCCGCCGCCUCCGCGGAUCAGCAGGACAUCGUCGAGGGCGAGAAGGAGGGCGAGGAGCGGGAGAGCUGGGACAGCAAGAUCAUGUUCCUGCUGGCCACCAUUGGCUACGCCGUUGGCCUGGGAAAUGUGUGGCGCUUCCCCUACUUGGCCCAGAAGAACGGCGGAGGCGCCUUCCUGGUGCCCUACUUCAUAAUGCUGUGCAUCCAGGGCAUACCGAUCUUCUACCUGGAACUGGCCAUCGGCCAGCGCCUGCGAAAGGGAGCCAUCGGCGUGUGGAGCCAGGUGUCGCCGUACCUGGGCGGCAUCGGGAUCUCCUCGGCGGUGGUCAGCUACAUAGUGGCCCUGUACUACAACACCAUCAUCGCCUGGUGCCUGAUCUAUCUGCUGCACAGCUUCGAGUCGCCGCUGCCCUGGGCGGACUGUCCGACGCGGCUGUACAAGAACUUCACCUACGACCAUGAGCCGGAGUGCGUGGCCUCCUCGCCCACGCAGUUCUACUGGUAUCGCACCACGCUGCAGUGCUCGGAGAGUGUGGAUCUGCCGGAGAACUUCAACUACCACAUGGCCAUUGCGCUGAUCGUCUCCUGGUUCCUGGUCUACAUCUGCAUGGUCCAGGGCAUCACGUCGUCGGGCAAGAUCGUCUACAUGACCGCCAUCUUCCCGUACGUGGUGCUCAUCAUAUUCUUCUUCCGCGGGAUUACGCUCAAGGGAGCGGCCGAUGGGGUGGCCCAUCUGUUUACCCCUCGAUGGGAGACCCUCUUGGACCCGGUCGUCUGGCUGGAGGCCGGCACCCAGAUCUUCUUCUCGCUGGGCUUGGCCUUCGGCGGCCUGAUAGCCUUCAGCUCGUACAAUCCGGCCAAUAAUAAUUGCUACAGGGACGCCAUACUGGUGUCGCUGACGAAUUGCGGCACCUCCAUGUUCGCCGGCGUGGUGGUCUUCUCGGUCAUCGGGUUCAAGGCCACGGCGACCUUCGACCGCUGCACCGAGGAGCGCAACGGGUUGAUGGCCCAGAACCGGACGCACAACCUGCCUGUGUGCGAUCUGCAAACGGAACUGGCCAAUAGUGCCUCGGGUACUGGCUUGGCCUUCAUCAUCUUCACGGAGGCGAUCAAUCAGUUUCCGGGGGCUCAGCUCUGGGCCGUCCUCUUCUUCUUGAUGCUCUUCACUCUGGGCAUCGACUCGCAGUUUGGGACUCUGGAGGGCGUGGUCACCUCGCUGGUGGACAUGAAGCUGUUUCCCAAUCUGCCCAAGGAGUACAUUGUGGGGGCCCUGUGCUUCUCCUGCUGCCUGAUUUCCAUGUGCUUUGCCAACGGCGCUGGCAGCUAUAUAUUCCAGUUGAUGGACAGCUUCGCCGGCAAUUUCCCGCUGCUGAUCAUCGCGCUCUUCGAGUGCCUGUCCAUCAGCUACAUCUACGGGGUGCGGCGGUUCUCGGAUGACAUAGAGAUGAUGACCGGAUCGCGGCCCAGCUUCUACUGGAUGUUCUGCUGGAAGUACCUGUCGCCCUGCGCGAUGGUCACCAUCCUGUUGGCCUCCUUCUACCAGCUGCUGACCGAGGGCAGCAGCUAUCCGGCCUGGAUUGGGGCCAAGGGCGCCUCCGAGUCCAUGGAGUGGCCCCACUGGUGCAUCGUCGUGGCCUUCUUCCUCAUCCUCUCCUCCAUCCUCUGGAUUCCCAUUGUGGCGAUUCUGCGUCUCUGCGGCAUCAAGGUGGUGGAGGACUCGGACCCCGCCUGGUUCCCCGAGGCGGAGCUGCGGGAAGUCCACGGCAUCGUGCCCCACGAACCGACCGAGCUGGAGCGCAGCAUUUUCUGCUUCAACAUGGACGGCACGGAGGGCAUGUGCUGCCCCAAGUACGGGCUACCCGAGAAGUCCCUCGAGGAGGAGGAGUAGGGAAUCCCCGAAAGCGAGGUAGACAACAACGACAAUAAAUGAAAGGAAACCAAAACCGAUACCGACACCGAAACCGAAACCAAAGCGAAAUAGAAACGGGUGAAACAUAUAAUGAUUCUCGAUGUAAAUAUGGACAAUAACUAAGCAUAACUCACCGAUGUUAGGCGGCGUCGAUGUCAACACACUCCUAUAUAUGGUCCCAAAGACUGUUCGAAGAUAAAGCAAAGCCAAGGAAAACCAAAAAAAGAAAAGCCAUAACCAUAAUGCCAGGCAGCCGCAACAAGGAAAAUAGGAAGAUAGCGAUACUAGGUAAAAACUCGACGCUGGAUGCGCGGUUUCAUUCAAGCAGAAAGCUAUAGAAAAGCAUUGAAAAACAAAGGCCGAAAUCAAUGGCAACGUUUCCGCAUAACUUCAUUAGCAUGUGGCCAUAUAGGAAUUUAUAUGCGAUUAUUUCCAUUGCCUUUUCCAUUGCGCGUUUCUUUCAUUUCUUCGAAAAGGGCACCGAGAGAGAGUGCGUAGAGUUGUUAUUUGGCCACCCUUAUAGGGUCUACAUAUCCGAUUUCGCUGUCAUACUAAGAGAAACCACAACUUGCUGACUAUAUACGAUAUAUACGAUAACUAUAUAUGAUAACUACGCUGUAUUCUAGACCUAAUCGUUUAAUUUGACCAUAUCACGCGAGCAUGGGGCACCACCUAUGAGAGAUAUAUAACUAUAUAGUGACUAUACCUAUGCCACAGUUCAUUCUCUGUUGUGAUCAGCUCGGCUUUCUGUGUUUACUGCUGUUUAUCGAGGAUAAUGUUGCUCACGAAAUCAUAUCACAUCCAGAACUAUGCUUAAACUUUAAAGUCUCGGUGUUAUAGAGAAGAAUUGGAGGGGAGGUACAUAUAUGGGAAAUGCGUUAUGUUUUGCUCAAUCGAGAGAUAUACGAUACAAAUUACUUGUUGCUAACCGAUGAUCACCCACUCCACUCCACUGUACUUAUGAUCUAUAUAGGGGGUAUAUCUGUAGCUGUAUAUUUACAUUAAAACUAACAUUGACAAAACGCAAACGCAACCGUUCAAAUGGGUGGAAAGGAACUCUACAUAGAUAUACAUAUACAUAACUGGUGAAGGCAGCUUAAGGUUUAUCCACCCACUAUAUCAUCGCAUUGAAGAACUAUUAUUAUACAAGUAAACGAAUAUAUAUAUAUAUACGUAUGGUUAAUGGUGUGUUGAAAUGCGGCUAAGGGGCGUGUGGAUUGGGUUCACUUCCCUGAGAACGUGGACGUCACUGGAACACUUUUAGGAUCGAGCUGGGAAAAGCCCUUUAAAAUCAAUUCACUCCCCCAAAUAGCAGUCGAUUUCACUGUAUUAUAAAUUCUACAUUUCUUUAUGGUAUAUUUAUACAUAUACAUCGAUAUAUUAUAUACAUCUAUUUAGAGCGAAAGGAAAACAGAUAUAUUAUACAUGUAUUAAGUGUUAUUGAUGUUGACAAUAAAGAAACCCCUACGAAACGAGUUUUAAACCGAAGCGAAACAGAUGAGAUAUAUAGACAACCUUCUGCUACCCGAAAAGAACUCACAGCCCCAGCCCACAGUUUGCGAAAAUCCAAAUGGAGUACGAUAAAAGCAUAAAUAUAUUCACGGCAAAGCAAUAAUUAAUUAAAUACCCGAAGCGAUUCGAUUAUUAUGAUUGUAUUCUUGUCAUUAUUUUGCCUCGUAUUUGGUGUGAAAUUCCCCCAUGCGUACUGAACACAUAAAGUUAAUACCACGUAUCAUAAUUUACUAAUGUUAAAUUCGCAGCCAAUAAAAAAUAUAAAAAAAUUCCAACUAAAUGACAAUAAACAGUAUGAAAUUAAA